AUGUCACUGAGUGGCUGUAACCUGUCAGAGAAAAGCUGUGGUUACCUGUCCUCAGUUCUCAGCUCCCCAUCCUGCCGUCUGACGGAGCUCGACCUGAGACACAACAAUCUGGGAAAGUCAGGAAAGAAGCUGUGUGAAAGCUCUACAAAGACCACUGUCUGGACAAGUAAUAUCUCACUGAAAGACAUCAUCUCCACGAGUGUGCUGAUCAAUUCAGGACCCCCUGCUGUCUACCAGCUGAGACCAAAGAAACAGAAGUUUGGAACUCUGACGAGAAUGACUGUUGGAAAAAGAAAUCAAUACAAGACAAACAGAACCAUCUUACUGGUGGGAGAAACAGGAGCAGGAAAAUCUACUCUGAUCAACGUUCUGCUCAACUACACCAUGGGAGUGAAGUGGAAGGAUGAAGUCUGGUUUAUGAUCGUAGAGGAGGAGAAAAGAAGUCAGACAGAAAGUCAGACAUCAGAUGUGAUCGUGUACGAGAUCUUUGGGUUUGAAGAUGAAACUCUGCCCUACUCUCUGACCAUCAUCGAUACUCCUGGUUAUGGAAACACCAGAGGGAUCGAAUAUGAUGACAUCAUCAGUCACAGAUUAUUUGACUUGUUUCGAUCAGAGGAUGGAGUUCAUGAAAUUAGUGCAGUGGGUCUGGUGAUGAAUGCGAUUGAUAAUCGACUGAGUUACCGACUGAUGUAUGUCUUUGAUUCAGUGACAUCUCUGUUUGGAAAGGACAUGGAGAAAAACAUUGUAGCUCUGAUGACACACUCAGAUGGAAGAAGCUCCCUUAAAGUUCUAGAAGGUGCAAACAUUAAAUGUGCCAAAAAUGAGAAGAAUCAGCCUGUUCACUUCCUAUUUGAUAACCAACAGCAUAAAGAUCGAACAGAAGAAAAUGAGUAUUUAAAACAUUCAUGGGAACUUACACAGGAAAGCAUUAAUCAGUUGUCAGACUUCAUGAGAAAUUGUAGUUCUAAAAACCUGAAGAACACAGUCGAAGUGUUAAAUGAAAGAAUCAGACUGAAAGCCCACAUGCAAUACCUGCGAGAGAGAGUCAAGCUGGUUGAACUGAAACAGACAGAAAUCAGACAGAUUCAAGAAGCUCUGAAGAAACAGACACAUUACAGAAAUAAAACUGAAAGUGAGAAAAUGUUGGAAAAUCUUAAAGAGGAAAUGAAACAGCUGACAGCAGAGAAGUCCCAGUUCCUGGACGAGUCCUACCAACAUGUUGUCAGACUGGAGCAGAUCGCUCUGAAAGCUGAUUCAGCAUCCACUAUUGUCCACUUGGACUUCCUGAUUGAGAAGAUGAAGCAGAAAGGAGACACAGAUAAGGUCCAGAAACUGGAGGAGAUGAAAAGGUGA